GGCUUGCUCAUAUGCGGAAAUGCAACCACACAUUAAGACUUGUUUUGACAAAUGGAUCAAGCCGGAAAAUUUCGCGAAGCUCAAAGAGAGUAAUGACGCGGAAGGCUUGAUCUCAGCGUGCCGGUCGUACAGGGAAUAUGAACGUUGUGUACUGGAUGAAGGAGAGAAGAUAUGCCCCUUAGAAGGCAAUCUCAACAUGUCCGCAAUCAACGAAGCGUCAGGGAAUCUCUUCUGGAAGCACAAGUGGGUCUGUCAAGGAAAUAAAAACAGAUCUUCCCCUGUGGGCCCUGAUACUGCAGCUUGCUCGAAGGAGACCCUCUCUCGAGAUGCUCAGGAAUGUUUUGGCAUCUUGAAGUAUCAACUAAUUCCCUUCGUGAGACUCAAAACUCAUCGGCGUUUUGCCUGCCAAGCUCUUGAAGCAUACAAGACUUGCCUUGAUUCCGUAUUUGAAGAUUGCACUAAUGCGUCCUUUGUGAAACUAUACGACAACACCAGCGAACUGUCUUGGUACGUCAAGCAGUACGAAACUGUUUGCACUCAGCAACAUGAGGCCACUUGUAAUCUAACUUCGGAAAGCUUUGACAUUUGCCUCGGUAUUGUCACAGCAAUUAUUAAACCGAAUGCUUACCCAAAUGCUGUCAGCACCGAGAUGUCCGAAGCUUGCAAAGGUGUUGGAUACUAUGGAAAGUGCGUUCAAGACGUUAUUAAAGACAAAUGUGGUGAAAAGGAAGUUUUGCCGAGUUCUAGAUCACUGCAGCACUUUACGAUUGAUAUACCUGCUAAGUAUAAUUGGACGUGCAAGUUCUCACAAGCUCCAGAUACUUGCGACACGAAACGUCUGAGCAAGCAUUUUUCACAGUGUAAAGGAUUUCUUCGUUAUUUGGGCAAGCAUCUUGAGAAGAAAAACGGAACUAAUGAUCGAGCAACUACGUGCAGAUACCUUCAUUAUUACACAACCUGCAUCAACCAAGAAUUCACAGAGACCUGCGGCAAAACACCGAAAACUCUUUCCAUGCCAGAGAUGAUUGAAGUUGGAGAAAAGUACAAGUUUUAUGAGGAAGUGUGCAAAGUAGAUGCCCCUGAAGUAAAGACGUGUACGAAGACAGCCGUGGAGGGAAUGUUAAAGGAAUGCAAAGGAAUUAUGACAACAAUUGUGGUGCCCACGUCGGCGGAUAAGUCUGAUGUGACAAGUCUGAAAGUAGCUUGCAAGUAUCUUCGGUACUACCAAGAAUGUGUAUCCGGCCAAAGUGCACUGAUGUGCUCAGAGGAAGGACCAUCUGUAACUGACGCCAUAAAGCAAUCGGCUGCUGAGUAUUACAGCGCGUACAACUGGACUUGUGAUGCCACAAAAGAUCUUCCAUCAUGCUCCAAAGAAACGUUUCAAGAAAAGGCGAAGACAUGCUUCGAGGCAUAUAUCACAAAGGUUGUAAUUCCACACGCGAGAGCAUCUUUAGUUUCGAACUACACCAGCUUGAAGAUCGCCUGCACGGCUGUGCACGAGUAUCAAGACUGUGUUUUGACAAAACUGGUAGCAACGUGCCCGGAGGAAUACAAGAGGAACGAUAGGCUUCUGGAAAUCUUCACUGAUGGAGUCUACGGCAUGUACAACUGGACUUGCGCGUUCCGAAGUCCGCAGUGCACAGAACAAGAGCUGCAGCAGCAGUUUCAGCAAUGUCACAAAAUUGUUGAUGCCUACGUCGUGCCGAACAUUCAAAACGUUUCGGAUUCCGGACAGCUCAGGACUGCGUGCACGCACACAAGAAAAUACCAAGACUGUUUGGUCCAUACCUUGUCUAGCCUCUGCAAGGACAAUGAUACCUUAUCUGUAACAUCUCUGAAUGAGCUUACCCAGAAUAAAUUUGGCAUGUACAAUUGGACAUGCGAAAUAAAAGCCGUUUCUUGCAUGGAAGACUUCAUUCAGGCACAGAUUUCAAACUGCACAGCUGUGCUUGCCACUUUCGUUUUACCUUACGCGAAGAAAGGAGCAACGUGGAGCCAGCUCAAAACGGCGUGCAAGGGUCACCAGAGUUAUCAGUCUUGUGUGCUGCAGCAAGGUUUCCGCUACUGCGAAGACGGCAAGAGCGACGCGAAACUUCUCCAAACUGUAACAAAUGGCUCGUUUACGGCGUACUCUUGGACAUGCGAAACACAAGGGAAAGUCUGUCGAGAAGAGUACUUGGAGAACUGUUCGACUAUUAUAACCACGGUUGUGUCGCCGAACGUUAAGGAGCCACUCGAACUUUACAAGCUUCGCCAAGCAUGCAAGGGCGUACAUGCAUAUCAAGCGUGUGUCAAUGAAAUGAACACCGCAUGUCCCAUUGAAGGCAUAUACUCACAAAAGAAUAUGUCAGAAAUCACACAAGAGGUGUUUAAUUCUUACAACUGGACUUGCAACUAUGAAGGGUGCACAAACCAGACGCUGAAGUUUGCCUUGAGCAAAUGUGACUCGCUACUGGAAACAGGAGUGAAGCCGUACGCUCUUAACGGUUCCGCUGACGUUAAGCUCGACAAAGCGUGCAAAGGACUGCACCAGUACGAAGACUGCGUUAUCGAGGUCCACAAUGGCUUCUGUCCGAACAAGGCACUCAGUGAGGUUAAACUUCUGAACGAUGCAGCAAGAGUUGUGGAGAUGUACAACUGGACUUGCAUAACUGGAUCUGGCAACUGCACGAAUGCAAAUUUAGAAAAGAACAUUCACGAGUGCACCCAGGCCCUUGAAGUUGACGUUAUUCCUCAUCUGGACAGAAUAUCCAACGUUCAAGUGGCGGAAAUAUUGUGCAAGCAUGUACGUGAAUAUCAGAUAUGCAUUCUACAAGGUAGCAAAUCCUUAUGCCCCACUGUAAGCGCUCCUGACGUAACAAACCUGAAUGAAUUAACGUCUGGGAUGUACACAAAAUACGAGUGGCUCUGCACGUUUUCUCCAAAAGCCUGUAAUACCAGUGCGUUUGAGAGUGUUUUGUCCCAGUGUGCAAAAAUCAUAACCGACGUCGUCAUUCCAAACGUGGAAAUGACUAAGGACACUGAGAAGCUUAAAGAAGCAUGCAACGGCCACAAGAAGUUCCGAGCGUGCAUCGUGGAACUUGGUCCCGGGGUAUGCCCGCACACAAACUUCAGAGACGAAGACGCUGCGCAAAACUUGACUCGUGGACUCUUCAGUCAGUACAGCUGGACUUGCGCGGAACAAGAUAAAAUAUGCACAAAAAAAGAAUCUAAGGCUGCUGUCGACAGUUGUUCCGAUAUUAUUAGCACCAAAAUACUGCAGAACAUAAACCUACAUGACCGACUGCAGCUCCGGAAUUCCUGCGAGGGUGUUCGAGAAUACGUGCGAUGCGUCAGUUCUGCUCUGACUGCAAAAUGUCCCACAGACUUACGGCUGGGCAGAAUUUCGUUGUCUAACAUAACCAGUGAAGUGGAAACACGAUACAGCUGGACAUGUUCUGUAAAAACUAUGAACUGCACCCCUGAAAAUGCAAAGAAUAUAGUGGCUUCUUGCGGUCACAUAUUAGAGGAUACAGUCAUACCCGCCACGCAUGUCUCUGUGUUUGAGAUGAAGCUACCAGUGGCUUGCAGUGAGUUCAGACGUUAUCAGGACUGUAUAGUCACCGAAGGUAAAAAGAUAUGCCCUCAUGACGAUAUGGAAGACGCCAACGUCUUAGUUGACAUCACGGGAGGGAAUUUUAAUAAUUACAACUGGACCUGUACAACGGACCUUUCGAACUGCUCUGUUGCGAACUUCAACAAUAUUUUGAACAAAUGCCAGAAGUUUCUGGAGCAAAAAGUACUUCCAAAUAUACGGCUUCCGACAUCCAAAGAGGUUAUGGACAUAGCAUGCGUGUACGUGACAAAAUAUCAAGACUGCAUGGCUAGAAAAUCGUUUGAAAUCUGUCCCGUCGAAAAGGCGAUCACUCGAGAGUGGCUACAAAAUGCAACAGCCGGCUCAUACAGCAAGCACUUCUGGGUGUGCGAGCCUCAAAAAGUGUCAUGCACGGUGGAAAAACUGAGCGAGGUUAUUGAAAGCUGCGAAGAUCAUAUUCAGUCCUACGUGAUCCCCUACUCCUCCAACUACACCAACAAAAAGGCUUUAAAGUUUGCUUGCCAGGGAACCAAAAAGUAUCAAGACUGUGUAAUAUACCAUGGAAAUACCCUUUGCCCGAACGUUGUAUUCGACAUUGGUCUAUUAAACAAAAUGACGAAAAACAUGUUCACCAAGUAUAACUGGACUUGCCAAGAGAAUGGGACAGGAUGUUCUUUCCAACUCAUGUCUUCUGUCCUUGAAAAAUGUUCGUCAAUAAUUUCCUCGGAAGUAAUCCCUUUGGUUGACGAAUCUUCCGAGGAGAUGCUGUCAGCUGCAUGCAAAGGUGUCCGCCGUUACCAAGAGUGCGCAAUUAAAGCGGUCCGUUCGGUAUGCUUUCAAGAUUCCUUACUGGCAGAGGUGAAUCUAGACAACGUCACAGAAGGACUUUAUAGCGAGUACAACUGGACCUGCGAAGGCCCAAAGCCUGUGGUUGAGGUGUCCCCUAAAUGUGAUGCAAGACUUUUGUAUCAACGAGCAAAGGAGUGUCUUGGUUUUAUUAAGGUCAAAGUUCAACCAUUCACGAAAGAUAAUACACUCAUCGCCUUUCUCAAGACGGCUUGCAAGAAUAACAACCUAUUCAAGCAGUGUAUCAACUCCAAGAUACCGGCGUCAUGCCUGAAGUAUGACAAACUCAUGGAAUCAGACGGACUCAAACAGUUAAUUAACGUGUACGAAGAUUACAGAUGGACAUGCAAGCUGGGAACCACAUCAGGUUCAGCCUGCAACGCCAAAAUAGGAAAAAGUCUUGUAGAAUGUGCUGGCAUCAUUGACGUCUUGGUGGCCAAGGAUGUGUCAGUUUUUCAUUCGUCCGUGGAGGUUGCAGAGACAUGUCGGCACCUGAAAAGCUACGAAACCUGCAUGAUGCACUCAAUUAAAGGCCUCUGUGGAGAUGGAAUUGUCUUCGCACAGAACUCUGAAGUCCUAAAGUAUAUGAUAGAAUACUACAACAAAUAUUCGUGGGCAUGCGUUCGUACACCAGAAAACAGCUGCACUACCGAAAUUCUGACGGAGAAACUGAAGGAAUGUCGAGGGUUCAUUGACUUUAUUGUCAAACCAAAUGCGGCAUUAUCAUUUUCAAUGCAGGAUUCAUGUCUAGGCCUCCAGGACUACAGAACAUGCGUGUACACUGGCAUAAUGGAGUCGUGCGCUCCGAACGCGACGCAAAUUGCCAAUAGCACUGCAGUAGAUCAGUAUCUCUACCAGGUUAUGAACAAGCAUGCAUCCGUGUGCCGACCGGACACACAACCAGUUUCAGAAUGCAACGAGAAAGUGCUCACAGAAAAACUGAGGCGCUGCAAAGGAAUCAUUACCUGGCUUGUCCUGCCUAACAUGGAAAAACCGGACGAUGACGAACAGCAGCAGCUCGCAUGUGUCGCCGUGGCUGACUACCAAGCGUGCGUGGCAAAAUCGACCCGUCAGUUAUGCCCUAACACCAACGUCUACAGUGACGACACAAUGGACGAUCUCACGGGAGGCCUGUACACAAAGUAUAGCUCGACGUGCCGUCAUAGGAAAAAGAGCACCACAACGUUAGCGCCACCAGUCCAAGCGACAACUGUGCACAUAAGGAAGACACCGCACUGCUCAGAAAAGUCUGCAACAAAAGCACUCAUGGAAUGCAUGGGAUUUAUGCACGUGAAAGUCAUGCCGAACGCCGGCGCACGACAAGACCCCGAAAAGCUGAAAGUAGCCUGCAGGUCUAUGAAACACUACCAGCAAUGCGUUAAUGAAAAAAUACGAAUGUGUGCAAAUCACAGUGAAGUGACUGAAUCUCUUCUGAUAAAGUACUACACUGACGAGUUGUACCGUAAAUACGAAUGGACAUGCGAACCUGCCACUCCCAAAGCCGUGUGUAACCCGUUUUUGGUUCUGGGGUCUCUGGAGAAUUGCUCCAAGCAACUCAACGCGGCAGUCAAUGGUUUAAAUCCCGAGGAAGUCACUACGUGGAAGACAGACGCAGCCUGCACGGCUGUCUCGAUAUAUCAGGACUGUGUGAAUUCGAAGCUGAACUUGAAGUGCGGCCUAAAAGUCCUGCCUCAAACGCCGCAUGUGUUGCACUACGUUCGGGACUUGUACAACAAAUACAACUGGACAUGUCAGACGGGUCAGGCUGAUAACUGCGAUGGCAACGAGGUCAUGGACUCCUUGACUGAGUGCCUCGGCUUCUUGAAUGUGUUGGUCCUCCCAUACAUCGCGAACUCAAGCAAGAAUGCGUCACUUGAAACGGCGUGCACGGGAUACCAAGAGUUCAAGUACUGCAUAUCGUCAUCCAUCAACGCGAAAUGCCCGCGAAGCCCGUACGUUCUACGGCUGCCUCGUGUGCAGUACUUCACCCACGACCUGGUACAGAACUACAAGUGGACAUGCGACGCUGUUCAUCAGAAAAAACGACAAGCAUGCCGAAGCGACGAGCUUUUAGCCCAACUAGAGAAGUGCUAUGGCCACCACGUAAAAACAAAAGUAAUCCCGAAUGCCGACCCUGGUAGCGGGCUGGAAAAACUUCAACGUGCCUGCAGCGCACUCAACGCGUACCAGGAAUGUGUAAACGAGGAAAUUAUGGGCAGCUGCGCUGGAAACCAAGGUCAGGUGCUCCUACUAGAUGCAGUGAAGAAUUACACCUACUCCGUGUACGAGGAAUACCAAUGGACUUGCGACAAUCACCCCGAUUGCAACAAGAACAGCCUCCUGAAUGAACUCACCAGUUGCAAAGGAAUAAUGACGACUAAAAUAAUACCAAAUGCCGCUAACAUAUCCGACGUAUCAAAGCUUAGUGAAGCAUGUCGGGGCACUCGCCUGUACCAGGACUGCGUUCGUGAGAAAAUGAACGCUAAGUGCGCUGCGGAAUCGCCACUGUUCCUUCUUCCUGAGGUGGCCCAUUUCUCCUUUGCGACGUACAACAAGUACAACUGGACUUGCUUCCGCAAACGAGAAGGACGAGCCAGCGAGACUACAAACAAGAUUGGAAUCGUCAAACAGCUCAAAGAAUGCUAUGGUUUUAUACUUUUCGGUGUCAAACGGCCUCUUCGGUACAAUUUUAAAGACAAAGCAAUGCGUGAAGCCUGCCUGAGUGUGAAGGACUACCAAAAAUGCGUACAAGCGAAGCUCGAUCACUUCAGCAGCCAACACGUGUCACUGCCCGACAGCCAAGAUGUGAAGUACUACUCUGCACGCCUGUAUAGCAAAUACAACUGGACGUGUGACAGCUUGAGCGUUGGACUAAAGAGUCACCAGUGCAACGUCGAUAGGCUUGAGUCUGGCCUGAAACAAUGCAAAGGUCUUGCGGAUUACGCAGUAGCUCAGGAAAAGAACAAAACAGACCUGAACAGCGUUUGCGAGUAUUACCUGGACCACCAAACAUGCGUAGAAAGCCAACUUCAAGAAUGCCGGUUCUUUCCUUCAGUACUCAAGCUUUCGCGCAUUCGAAGACACACAGGGCUUCUCAACGACAGUUACAAGAGCUACUGUUCUUUCCUAAUGCCAGAUAAGCCAGAGUGUUCUUCUGGUACGCUGUCUGAGCUGUACGAACAGUGCCUCGGAUUCAUCAGUUAUGGAGUUGUUCCAAACUUGGGCUCCGACACUACCGAACUAGACUUGCCUGCGGUUCAGAGGUACCUUGACAGCUACAAGGGCUGCAUCCAAGAAGUGACAAAGCUGGCCUGUGGGAGCGCUGAGAUGUCGCAAGAAGUGCAGAUGUCCCUGGCGAGUCCUGUACAGAUCGUCAAAAAGUACUCCCAUUUCAUUAGCACGAACAACUGUUCUGAAAGCAGUCUUAGCUCCGCAUUACGUGAAUGCGACGGAAUUUGGGACCUUGACGUGGAGCCUCUCUUGAAAUACACUGACAACAGUGAUCUCAUUCAAGCCUGCAGCUCAAUCGAAAUAUUUGGAAACUGUGUCAAGCAGAAAGUCAUUCCUUUAUGCGAAAAAAUGGAGGUUGCAUCUAGCCACCAAAGUGUCCACGCAUACCUUUCAAAUGCUCUUGACGUGUACAAGACGAUAUGUUCCAGGGACCUGAAUGCAGUGAACGAAGCCAUGUGCAGCAAAACGGAACUCGUAGCAGCAUUCAGCGAAUGUGGAGGCAUAAUAGAGUACAGAGUUGUUCCUUUCGCUGACGACCCAUAUGAUAAAGUGAAGCUCGGCGUCGCCUGCAGUGGCGUUCGCGACUACAAAAGGUGCAUAUUUUCACGGCUUACUCCGGUGUGUGAAGACAAGGUUGUUCCCAUGAGUAGUGAGGUCACGAAAUACCUGAGGAAUUACUACAAUCUGUACGACUGGACGUGCAAUACGACCGAGCCUCAAAGCCACUGUGACAAAGAGGAACUGAAGAAAAAUUUGGCAAAAUGUGUGGGGCUCCUAAACAAGGAGUUUGACGUUUCCGUCAUGGGGCUGAACACCGAGUACCUCUGCACUUUUCUGGAAGACUACAAGCUGUGCCUCAGCAUGCGAACCAGUCCUGAAUGUCGCAGAGACGACGCCGUGAUGCGGUCUCCGGAUAUCAUCUUUUAUACAACUGAAAUCAUAUCGAAAUUUAUGGGACUAUGUAAUAUGAUUGAUGUAAAAGAGUGCAACAGGAACACAAUUCUGGAAUCUGUUUCCAAAUGCAAGGGACUUGUUGAUUACGUGCUGAUUGACAGCAUUCAAGACAGUGGAGACAUUGAUGCUAUGAAGCAAGCAUGCGGUGGACUUUUCAAUUACCGGCAGUGCGUGCACUCUGAGAUCUUCAAGGUUUGUGACGCUUCUAGCCCUAUCUUGCAAGACAAAACCGUUCAACAGUACGCAGUAGGCGUACCAAGAAACUUAUCUUGGGUCUGCGACUUCAACACAAAACCUGAGGACUGCACUGUGAAGAACAUUCUGCCUUCGAUCUCAGAAUGUCAGGGCUUCAUCGAAGGCAUUGGAGAUCCCCACAACCUCCGAAAGUCUGAUUCAUUCGCUCUGAACAUAGCUUGCAGCUUUGUUCAGCAGUAUAGAGAAUGCAUUGACCUGAACAUUCGCUCUGUUUGCAAAGAGCCUAAAGUUUUGUCGGAAAUAUCAGAAAUCAGCUUUUACACGCAAGACUUAUACCAUAAGUACUUGUGGACGUGCGAACGAAAGAAAAAUCGUACACUUUGUAACGUCGACGACCUUACCGUUCACCUGAAGCAGUGCGAAGUGUUCCUCAUACCUGGAGUCGUUCCCUAUGUUGACAACACAUUCGAAACGCUCAAGUACAGCUACGUUUGCGAGAGCUUUGCUGCGUAUUCCAAGUGUAUACAAAAAAUUAAGUCAACCAUCUGCGGGAGUAAAGACAUCACUGCAUCACCAGAAAUUAAGAUGUUAUUAUACAACAAGGUAAAUGAAUAUAAAUGGUACUGCAGCUCCAAGAAAAUUGGCAAUGGUGACUGCAACGAAGAACACCUUGAAGAUGAGCUGAAGCACUGCUUGGGCUUCGUGAAAACUGUUGUGAGACCUAAAGUUCUGGGAGCAUACAACGCUUCUGAUACGAAAUUGGCAUGUUCUGCACUUGAAGACUACAAGUAUUGUGUGGUCUCGAAAAUAAGCAAACAUUGCGGUUACGAUACCACGGUCGUGCAAAAGCCAGCGAUUAGGAAGUACCUGUUCGACUUGUACGACAAGCACAAGUGGAUAUGUCAGGAGCACGUCGUUACUGAUUGCACCGCGAGGCACGUUAUGGCGCACGCAAAAAGUUGCGAACUGCAUUUAAAUUUUACAUCAUUAUCUCCGCUCGCAGCGAGGGAUCCAGACACCAGUACAGUGGUCUGCAGAGGUCUGCACCAAUACCAUUCUUGCUUUCAAAGAAGCUACCUGACACUUUGUGGCCGGGGAAAAUCCGUGCAUCUCUGGAAUACCAUAGCCUCUAUGGCCUCAAAGCGAGCAAAACUUACGCACGAAGCCUGCUUGAAACACAAGGACCCUAUAAGUAUAGAUUCGUGCAAUACAAAAGUUCUCGCAGAAAGAUCGCGGAGGUGUCAAGGUAUUGUUGACACCAACCUAAUUCCAAAUAUCCGCAAAAAGAACAACAGCCCUAAGAUCAACGAGGCAUGCAGUGCAUACAAGCAGUUUCAGCAUUGUCUCCGCCAAAACCUUGGGCACUGCAACAUCUCAAUUGCCCCCAAUAAAGACAUCCUGGAAAACUACAAGUGGGUCUGUUCCGAGGCGUUCAACCACAGUACGACAGCUACGUGCAAUGAAACCGAACUUCUGAGCGAGAUGCAAGGCUGUCUCGGCAUCAUGUAUUUUAUUGUGAUCCCUAAUGCUGGGCAAAAAAGUAAUAAGCCAGCGAUUGCAAAAGCCUGCGAGGGCCUCAAGCAUUACCAAAAUUGUGUCCUCAGCAAAACAUCGCGCAUAUGUGCCACCAAAGUACUUGUGCGAUCAACUAGGGUGAGACGGUUGACGCGCCACAUCAUGAAAAAGUUCAGCUGGACCUGCUCGCUGAGUGGUCAAGAUCAGAACUGCAAAACGCACAGUAUUGUGGAUCACCUCAAAACGUGCCUCGGGUUUAUUGACUUGGCCGUCGCGCCGAACAUAUUCUAUCCCGAGGACAAGGCGAAAAUGCAGAUGGCUUGUAGUGGUCUUGAGGACUAUCAGGACUGUGUGGACAGCAAGGUUUAUGAAAUGUGCCCCCCGCUGAACAAAUACCUCAAACGGAAAGAUGUCAAACUUUUUACGGAGUUUCUUCCAAGCAAGUACAGCUGGGUCUGCCACACAAGCUACUCGCAUCAGUGCACUCUUCGAAACCUCAUGGAAAACCUGAAGAUUUGCCGUGGACUUGUAACAAGUGUGUUGUUCGCCAAAUUGGAUAGCGGGAAGCUCGUGGGCGACAACCGUCCAAUGGCGUGCAGUGCCUUGCAGUCAUUCGAGCUCUGUGUCACGGUGCAAAUGGGAAGGAUAUGCAGUCCCGACGACCUGGUUCUGCACCAUCACGACAUAAGGGCGGCUACUACCGAAAUACUCGACGCAUACGGCUGGGUCUGCAAUGACACAAGUUUCGUGGACUCCACAUUCGUGGACACUGCUCUUGUAUUCCGGAAGAGUGGCUGCGAGGACGAUCUAUUGAGGGACAAGCUCACGCAUUGCCGAGAACUGUUCAACAAAACUGCUCCAGCUGAACUUGCCACCGAUAAAUUUCAUGACGGAGAUAUCGAACUGACCUGCAAGGCCGUGAAGUCGUAUGAGCAGUGCACACGUGCUGCUCAGCUUGAGCUCUGUUCUAAGACCGGAGAGAAUGCCAUUAUUUCAGAGUAUUCUAGAGACCUUUACAAGGAGUACAACUGGACGUGUAAUUUGGCUUCAGAUGCCCUGUGCGACGAGUCGUUCCUGCUGAAGUCUAUACCAGCCUGUCUUGCCGUCCUCAAGAAUGAAGUCAUUGAGCACGUUGGCAGCAUAUCAAACGUCAAGGCACAGAAAAUGGCAUGCGAGGGAUACAAACGGUACCAAAGCUGUGUAAAGUACAUAGUGGACUCGAGCUGUCAGAACAUCGAUAUCGACAACACGGCAAGCCACGUAGGGAUUAUGGCAUUCUUGACAAGAAGGCUUGCUUCGAGCUUUCAGUGGACGUGCAAUGGGUUUCACUGCAGCAGCCCUGCGGUAACUACCAGCAUUCGAGAAUGUGUGCGCAGCCUAGAAGAGCUUUCGAAUUCUUUCAUCAGAAACGACAGAGUGAAUCCUUGCGAGAAGGUUACGGCAUAUAGAGAGUGCAUCCUGAAGAAAAUGGACCUGCCUUGUAGGCUGAAUCACCACCUUUUGCAAUCGAAGGAACUGGAACAUUACACAGACGUUUUGUACAACGCUUUUGACGGGUUCUGCAGCGGAAUUCCAUCAGAGUGCAACAAAGAGGAAAUGUUGCAGUCCUUGUACAAAUGCGAGGAAAUUAUCCUCAAGCAAGUUCAGCCGCACACAACAGACAGGGGCAACGCCUAUGAAAGCCGAUUGGCGUGCAGAGGCCUUCACGAGUACAAGUGGUGUGUAUCAAACGUCAAAACAAUCUUUCACUGCAAGAGCGAUGAAGAAUUUGACACUGAAGGGGAUGUCGACAAGUUAGUUCUUGCCAUCGAGGACAAGUACAACUGGACGUGCGAACAGGACGCAAAAACGUGCAAUGCUCCUAAAUUCAAGUCCCACCUGAAGUCAUGCUUCUCUAUUCUGGCAACGGAAGUACUUCCGCACAUCUUAGAUUACGAUAAUUCCAGCGGCAUGGACCUAGCUUGUCGAGGAGUGCACCAGUACCAGGUCUGCGUGAGCAAGAAGCUAUACAGCCUUUGCAAACAAGACAAGCCCGUAUACUCAAAUGAGAUGUUGUACUUUAGAGACAAAGUACCGAGUUUGUUAUCCUGGACAUGCAGCUGGACGUCUCCUAGGGGACGGUGCGAUGUCCACGGCAUGCUUCAGAAGAUGGCACUUUGUGCGUCUGAACUCCAACAAGCAGGCAUUCCCACCGGUCCAGCUAACAACAGCAUCAGUGAAAAAAUGGCAGGCUGCAGAGCUUUCACAGCGUACAAGACAUGCCUGUCCGGCACAAUCCCUGAGACGUGCAACAAAGAGACGAGCCUAAUGGAAAGCAAGGCUGUACACCACUUUACAGUCGACAUCCCUAACCAAUACGCGCGCUACUGCGAUUACAAAGAUACCAACGUAGAAAUUGCCAGACAGCUGUCACGAUGCGACGAGGAGUCUUUGAGAAUGCGGUAUAUUGACUGCAGUCAAAUUAUCUCUACGGAAGUGAUACCGUACACUGAUGAACCAAGUGAUUCGCCACUGCUCAGCGAUGCAUGCAAGGCGAUGAGGAAGUACCAGAACUGCAUCGCGAAGAUUCCUACGCAAGAUUGUUCAAAUGGCCUUAAGAUCCCAUUUUCUGAAGAAUCGCGGUACUAUGUGUCAGUGCUCAAGAAAAAGUACGAGUGGGUGUGCAACGGCAAUGGCGAUUACAUGUGCAAUCCCGAAAUAUUACUUCUCUAUUUGUCCAAGUGUGAAGCAACGUUUAUGAGAUCACACGUUAAUGACUACGUCGACGUUGACGUACUCGGUGUCACAGACUGCAGGGAAGUCCAAAACUACCAAUGGUGCUUGAGAAAUUCAAUAUUUGAGUCAGACUGCGAGUACUACCAGAACAUACUAACAUCACCCGAAGUCCUCUACUUCACGGACAAACUUCUCAGACCGUAUACCAGGAGCUGCCACGUGAACCUAGAUUGCCAGAUUGGUACAUUGUACAGUCAGUUGUCGGAAUGUACACCAAUUAUAAAAGUUAAGGUCCUGCCGUUCGUCCAGCGAGGCUGGGUGCAGAACCCCAUCACUGCUUGCGGUGGCACCAGGGAAUACCAGAAGUGCUUCAGGCAUGCGAUGCAAAAGACAACCUGUGACAAGAAUACGGCACUGUUUAAGCUGGCAGAAGUGCAGUACUACAGGAGCUUUCUCUUCAACGCUUACAAUUGGACCUGCUUCGAACAUGCGGCUCCAGUUGGCUCAUGCGAGAAAAAUCUAGUGCUGCGAGAUUUGCAAAAGUGCGAAGGAUCUAUAUUCCAAAAUACGACAUCUAAGAAGCCAAUUUCUUGCAGCUCUCUCUCCAUGGCAAACUUUUUGAACUGCGUGGAUAAAACCAACGUGAAGCUGGCCUGUAAUGCAGACCCGGAAAAAGUAUCAGGCAUUGCGAAACAAGCACGAGAAAUUCUGCUCGACUACCGCGCAGCUUGUGGCUUUGACCAUACUGCGACCUCCCUCGGCAACAAAUUUCUGUUGAACGAGUUUGAACGGUGUCAACUCAUGUUAAAGAAGUCUGAUCGCUUGCUCAAGUCGGCUCAGAUUCGUGAAACAAAAGUACUUGACGCAUGCCGGUCUCUGCAGCUGUUUUCUCUGUGCACCGAAUCCGCUAUUAUACUCGGCAAGAACGUUGACAGCCCACACGCAGCACAAGUCCGCAACGCAUCGGAAGCAAUGGCUAGUAGCUAUGAGCUGAAAUGUGCUCCGAACGAGUGCAACCGGAACCAAGUUGUGGACGAUUUGCUACGUUGCUUUCACUCAAGCCCUGUCUUCUCCAACUGCAGUGUGACGCUGAAGACCAACGCCACCACACUAGCCGAGCCGUGCCUGAGGGAGGUGUUCAGGGGCCAUGCCUGCAGCAGAAAAGUCGAUGUGGUCUAUGUCGCGCGAGAAGUGUUGAUGGCCAAAGUGGAAGCGCACAAGCGUGACUGUAACAUGCUGAGAUCCCAGUAUCGUCACUGCAGCCAAACGGAGUUUUCAAAUUUCCUGCAGAAAUGCUACGAAACCUUUUUGAGAGAAGUUACCGGCAAAUCUAUAGCCACGCCCAAGUUCUGCAGAACGUACCACAAGUACGGCAGCUGCGUUGACGAAGCGAGUGCUGAGACAUCCUGCUUCAAUGUGACCACGAUGCAAGCCCCGUACGAAGUCAGCCUGCGCAAUUUCACCUCAAAGUACGCGGAGGUCUGCACGCAGUACAUUCGCAGCACAGAACACAACGGCUCCUCGUCUUUCGGGCAUCACAAGGACAUCCGAGCCAAGCACGCCUCUUCAGAUGGCGAGCCUUUCACUUCUAGCAAGUCGUCGUGGACUGUGGUCUUCUUCUGUCUGGCUAUGCUCAUGGCCCCGAUUCUGUUGUCACCGUUCACAUUCCGAAACUUCACGUGAAACUUGUGUUUAGUGUUUGUGUGCAUACAGUAAAACAUGUGUACAGUUUAAGCAUUCGUUCUAUUUGUGUUGAAUAUGUUUGCCCAGUAUAAGAAGCUGCGGCGACGUCUAACACGUGACCGCCCUCGAGUUUCAUUAAUGCGAAA